CGCACCACUUCCAUCACCGAAUUCCGUUUUUUGCCGUUUAAAUUCUAACCGCCUUUGAAUCGACUUUCUCUUUCUAUCAAUCACCCAAAACCCAUGGCCAUCGGAACCCCAAAAUCUCCGCCGGUUCUCUUUCUCACUCUCAUCCUACUAAUUACCAUACUACCCUCCUCCACCCCUCUCCCCAUCCCCAUCCCCUCCACCUUCCACUCCCUCUUCUCCCUCUCCCACUCUCUCCUCACGCGCGUCGCCAACCUACGCGCCGCCCGCGGCGACAUCUCCGGCUCAACCCGAGCCAGAACCAUAGCCCAAAACAUUCAGAAACACAGCAACGGCUUCAGCUUCUAUGGGACAAUGUGGUCUGUUGGGUGGGACUAUUUGAAGAACUAUGCGUGGAGAGACGUUAAAACGGCGUCGUUUGAGAUGGUGGGUGCGGUUUCUGAUAUGAAUGAGUUGCUUAAAGGGUUGGGUGAGUUGACUGGGUUGGACUCGGAGGUGGAUCGGGUGCAGUGGGUGAGGAGGAAUUAUGGGAGAUUGUUUAAGGUUGCGAAGUCGCUGGUUUAUCGGUUGCUUAAAAUGUUCAGUCAACCGGGUCCUUUGAAGGAUGCAGUUGAGAUGCUACGGACAGAAAUCGUGGAUGGCGGGUUGUUGCAGGACUGCCUUGAAUUGGGUAGCAAUGAUUUAAAGGGUGUGAUUCAGAUACUAAAAGAUUUAACUUCACAGUAUACCACUAGCAGCAGCAGCAGCAGUAAGACAGAGUUAUGAGUUGGUAUCCUGACUUUGGUGUAAAUUCACUUUAACACUUCAUAAAAUGUUGCUUUUUCUUAAUAAUAUGUGGGGCAAUCACUGCUGAAAAACAAUCUGGUAGACUCGCAUUGUAGGAGUAUAGGUUCAAAUGAGAAUCAUUAUGAACCAAAUUCUUGGUUCUUGGAUUUAUCUGAAUGGAUGACUUAGAUCUCC